GAUUUUUAACCAAGCAGGAUGUCGUUCUACGCGCUCGCCGUGCUCUGUGCCACCGCGCUCACGCUCGUCACAGCCGAGGAUCUCGAGUUUCCCGCGCAGACUUGCAAACAUGACGCGGAUGACUAUUCGUCCUGUUUGAGGCUCGCAAUGCAAGAAGCAUGGCCGAACAUUGUCACAGGUUUGCCGAAAUUCGACAUACCAGUAUUGGAUCCGUAUUUCACCGAGAAAGAAAGUACCACAUACGAGACCAGUGACAUACAUGCCGACAUCACGGUGAUGAACGUUAACACCUACGGACUUAGCAAGGCAAAAUUCUUAGCGGUGAGACCGAGUUACUCCGAUGACUACUUCAAAAUGGAAGUCGAUAUCGAUUUGCCGAAGGUGCUUAUCGAGGGUAAUUACGAAGCGCAUGGAUCGAUGGGAUCAUUCCAGAUUGGUGGCGAAGGUUUUUUCAAUAUCAGUAUGGAAGACAUCAAAUCCACGUGGACCAUGGAAGGAUCGGUAGCCAACGAUAGAUUGACCGUCGAACACUUUACUCUGAACCCUGAGGUCGGCAAAAUGCAAAUCUGGUUCAGUGAUUUGUUCAACGGCAACGAGGGCUUGAACCAAGCCGCCCUGGCGUUCGUGAAUCAAUACUGGCCGACAUUGUACCGAUCGAUGCUACCGUUCGUCGCGAAGAGCUGGGACGAACAUCUCACCGAGCUCAGCAAUCGUGUAUUCAUGAAAGUUUCCUUCUCGAAGCUAUUCCCUUGAAGUCCUCCAGGAGAGUCCUUUUUUCCAUGGCUUCUAUGGCAAGUACGUAGCGGUAGUCGAGGCUCGAUCGCGGACAAGAAGUAGGAAUCGCGAGUUAUUUAGGCGAAACUGCACGAAACUGGAGCGAAGAAACGCACGGAGCUUCCUCUUUCUCCUUCUCCUCUUCUUUCUCCUCCCCCUUUCUUAUUCAUGCGCCUCUGAACAUCUCCGAUGUGAUAAUUUUUCCAUUCUCCCUCGCUGUAUCGUGAUAGCAUUAUUUUACUUAUACCAGCAUGACGUCGACAUGCGUUUAAUUGAGUUUAGUGCAAUAGUGAUCGAGUUUACUGUAUGUAACUAUGUAAUGCGUAAAACUAGAUUACCUCUGGCUGGUCGUUACUGUCACUGUGUUAUCGUAACUGUUUAGUGAAGUUGUUUAUACGAGACACAGAUGUAACGGAAUUAUCGCGUGAAAUAUAAAGAGUACCAAAUA